UUUCUUCUUCUCACCAAGUCCCCUCUUCUUGUUCCCUCUUCCGCUCCUUUCCUCUUGAUUGCCAUGGAGGCUGUUUCUGUGAGCUCUUUCAUGUCCGCUUCUCCGGCCCCUUUGGCGAGAACACUCACUGGUUCGAGGGCAAGAACUAAUUACGCGAGAAGGAUCCAGUUUUCGGUUCGAGCAUGUGGCGGGAGCAGCGAGGCGAGCGGCGAGGGGAAGAUCGUGAAGGCGAAGGAGAAGGGCGAGUAUAAGAUAGAUUACUCCGGCGAGAAGCCGCCGACGCCUCUUCUUGACACCGUUAACUUCCCUGUUCACAUGAAGAAUCUCUCCACGCAGGAAUUGGAGCAAUUGGCUUCAGAGCUGCGGGCGGAGAUCGUCUUCUCCGUGGCCAAAACCGGCGGACACUUGAGUUCGAGUUUGGGAGUGGUAGAACUCGCCGUGGCUCUCCACCAUGUGUUCAGCACCCCCGACGACAAGAUCAUUUGGGACGUCGGCCACCAGGCUUACCCUCACAAGAUCCUCACCGGAAGGCGGUCCAAAAUGCACACCAUCCGGCAGACGGCGGGGCUCGCCGGUUUCCCCAAGCGCGACGAGAGCGAGCACGACGCCUUCGGCGCCGGCCACAGCUCCACCAGUAUCUCCGCUGGGCUCGGAAUGGCGGUUGCCAGAGACCUACAAGGGAAGAAGAACCACGUGAUCUCGGUCAUCGGAGACGGCUCCAUGACCGCCGGCCAAGCCUACGAGGCCAUGAACAACGCCGGCUACUUGGACUCCAACCUCAUCAUCGUGCUGAACGAUAACAAGCAGGUUUCGCUGCCGACGGCGACCCUCGACGGCCCGGCGACGCCCGUCGGCGCGCUCCACAAGGCCCUCACCAAGCUCCAGUCAAGCUCCAAGCUCCGCUUGCUCGGCGAAGUCGCAACGAAUAUUACGAAGCAGAUCGGCGGGCAAACACACGAGAUCGCUGCCAAGGUGGACGACUAUGCGCGGGGAACGAUGAGCCCUACAAGUUCUUCCUUGUUCGAGGAGCUCGGUUUGUACUAUGUCGGACCUGUGGAUGGGCACAACGUGGAGGACCUGGUGAGCAUCUUCGAGAAGGUGAAGACGAUGCCAGCUCCGGGGCCGGUGCUGGUCCAUAUCGUGACCGAGAAAGGGAAGGGCUACGCGCCUGCGGAAGAGGCCGACGACAAGAUGCACGGCGUGGUCAAGUUCGACCCGAAGACCGGGAAGCAGUUUAAGUCGAAGUCGGCGACGCUGUCGUACACGCAGUACUUCGCGGAGUCGUUGAUCAAGGAGGCGGAGUUGGACGACAAGAUCGUGGCGGUGCACGCGGCGAUGGGCAGCGGCACCGGGCUCAACUACUUCCAGAAGAGGUUCCCGGAGAAGUGCUUCGACGUGGGGAUCGCGGAGCAGCACGCGGUUACGUUCGCCGCCGGCCUCGCUUCCGAGGGCCUCAAGCCCUUCUGUGCCAUCUACUCCUCCUUCCUCCAGCGCGGCUACGACCAGGUGGUGCACGACGUGGACCUGCAGAAGAUCCCCGUCCGGUUCGCGCUCGACCGCGCGGGGCUGGUGGGCGCCGACGGGCCCACCCACUGCGGGGCCUUCGACAUCACCUACAUGGCAUGCCUGCCCAACAUGGUGGUGAUGGCGCCGUCGGACGAGGCGGAGCUGAUGCACAUGGUGGCGACGGCGGCCGCGAUCGACGACCGGCCGAGCUGCUUCCGGUUCCCGAGGGGGAACGGGAUCGGAGUGCCGCUUCCGGAGGGGUACAAGGGGACGCCGCUCGAGGUGGGGAAGGGGCGCGUGGUCGUGGAGGGCCGCGACCGGGUGGCCGUGCUCGGCUACGGCGCCAUCGUGCAGACGUGCUUGAAGGCGGCGGAGAAGCUGAGGGAGGAGCACGGAGUGAGCAUCACGGUGGCGGACGCCCGGUUCUGCAAACCGCUCGACGCCGAGCUGAUCCGACGGCUGGUGGAGGAGCACGAGUUCCUGAUCACGGUGGAGGAAGGCUCCAUCGGGGGAUUCAGCUCCCACGUCACGCACUUCCUGAGCUUGAAUGGUCUCCUAGAUGGACCCCUCAAGUUGAGAUCGAUGCUUCUACCGGACCGGUACAUCGACCACGGAGCACCGCAGGAUCAGAUCGAGGCGGCCGGGCUUUCUUCGCGCCACAUUGCCGGAACCGUUCUCAACCUUCUGGGAAGGACGAAGGACGCAUUGCAUCUGCAAUAAUUUUAAAUUAAUAAAAUUUAUUUUUUUUAUCUAAUAAAUUGGGUUUAAAGUGAUCGUGAGAAUAUUGACGAUGAGAUGCAAAUUAAGAUACCAUCUUUUUUUUUUUGUUCUUCUGAUUUUUAAUUAAAGCACCAUUUAAGCUGGGUGUCGUUUCUAAAGCAAUAUCGCAUCUCAGAUCAUCUGUGUACAUUCUCGAUUAAUUGUAGUGUUGUGUUUCUUAGAUAUCUUUUCAGUACAAAAAAUUGAUAAGGUAGCAUUUGAAUACUCA